AUGACUACUACGUUUACUACACAAGCCCAAGUGGCCGAAAUAUUGCCCUUCAAGAAUGGCGAAAUCACUAUAGAAGAUAUCAUCCCGAGUCCGGCAGAGCCAGAUCUGCCUUUGCCGCCACCAUCAACAAAGCCCUCCGAAAUUCUAGACGUCGACAAGAUCACCCCAGAUAGCCAUGUUCCUCGAGAUCCACGAUUGAUUCGUUUGACCGGUGUUCAUCCAUUCAAUGUAGAGCCUCCGUUGACAGCACUCUAUGACGAAGGCUUCUUGACCUCUCCGGAAUUGUUUUAUGUUCGAAACCAUGGACCAGUACCACAGGUCUUUGAUGAAGAUAUUCCUAACUGGGAGAUCAGCAUAGAAGGACUGGUUGAAAAACCAUUAGUUCUUAAUUUCCGAGAAAUCCUUCAGAAGUACGACCAAAUAACCGCCCCGAUUACACUCGUCUGUGCUGGCAACAGACGAAAGGAACAGAAUACCGUUCGGAAAUCAAAAGGGUUCUCAUGGGGUCCCGCAGGGUUAUCGACGGCUCUCUUCACCGGCCCCAUGAUGGCAGACAUCUUGCGCAGCGCGAAGCCACUUCGUCGAGCAAAAUAUCUUUGCAUGGAAGGUGCUGAUAAGCUGGUAAGAGGAACAAAAGACAAAAGAGGAGACAAAGACAUGACUGACAUGUCACAGCCGAACGGAUUUUACGGAACGUCAGUCAAGUUGAAUUGGGCCAUGGAUCCGCAUCGAGGAAUCAUGCUCGCUCAUAAGAUGAAUGGCGAGGAUCUUCGUCCAGACCAUGGUCGUCCACUGCGAGCAGUGGUCCCCGGCCAAAUUGGAGGGCGGAGCGUGAAAUGGUUGAAGAAGUUGAUUUUGACUGAUGAGCCAAGUGACAAUUGGUAUCAUAUCAAUGAUAACCGGGUGCUACCGACAAUGGUGACACCGGAAAUGUCGGCACAGGAUCGCAAGUGGUGGACUGAUGAGCGGUAUGCGAUCUAUGAACUCAAUGUCAACUCGGCGGUGGCGCAUCCCCAGCAUGAGGAAGUGCUUGACUUGACAACUGCCGGGCCAAGUUACACAGUCAAGGGAUAUGCUUACGCCGGUGGUGGGCGGAGAAUAACCAAGGUUGAAAUCUCUUUGGAUAGAGGCAAAUCAUGGCGUCUUUCAGAUAUCGAAUAUGCAGAAGACAAAUACCGUGACUUCGAAGGUGACCUUUUUGGCGGCAAAGUGGAUAUGUGGUGGAGGGAAUCCUGCUUCUGCUGGUCAUUUUGGUCGCUUGAUAUCCCGGUAUCGGACCUAGAGGCCAGCGAUGCGAUUCUCGUCAGGGCAGUUGAUGAUGCAUUAAGCGCUCAGCCGCGAGACAUGUACUGGUCUGUCCUGGGAAUGAUGAACAACCCCUGGUUCCGUGUCACGAUCACGAAAGAGGGAAAUACCCUCAAGUUCGAGCAUCCCACCCAUCCAUCCAAGGCCGGUGGAUGGAUGGAAAGAGUGAAGAAGAAUGGCGGAGAUUUGCUCAAUGGCACCUGGGGUGAGAGGAUGGAAGGCGAAGAACCUGUUGCGCCUGAGCCCGUGAUUGACAUCAACAUGAAAAAAGAUGGUGUCAACCGGCAGAUCGAUCUGCAGGAGCUCAAGGCCAACAGUAGCAAUGAGAACCCUUGGUUUGUGGUCAAUGGCGAGGUGUACGAUGGCACAGGAUUCCUCGAGGGCCACCCUGGCGGUGCGAUCAGUAUCACAUCUUCUGCCGGGUUGGAUGUGUCGGAAGAUUUCCUUGCAAUCCACAGUGAGACUGCUAAGAAGAUGAUGCCCGAUUAUCACAUUGGUACAUUGGACCAGGCAUCCCUGAAAGCAUUGAACGACAAGUCGUCCUCGAUUUCAGAUGAGCCGCGGGAGGUCUUCCUCCAGUCGCGAGAAUGGACAAAGGCAACCCUCACAGAGAAAAAGAAUGUUUCAUGGGACACAAGAAUAUUUGUUUUCGAUCUGGAGCAUGAGAAACAAACACUUGGCCUACCAAUCGGCCAACAUUUAAUGAUCAAGGUCCAAGACCCAAUCAAUGGCGAAGCAGUGAUCAGAUCAUACACCCCGAUGUCAGACACGAAUCUGAUAGGAAAGAUGGAGUUACUCGUCAAGAUCUAUUUCCCAGGCGAUUCCAUACCAGGAGGCAGAAUGACCUUGGCCCUCGACAAACUUCCACUGGGCUCGGCGAUCGACUGCAAAGGCCCAACUGGGCGAUUUGAAUAUCUUGGCAACGGGCGAGUCUCAAUCAGUGGAAAAGAGCGCCAGCUUCGCUCAUUCAAGAUGAUAUGUGGAGGAACGGGCAUCACUCCGGUGUUCCAGGUUCUGAGAGCUGUUAUGCAGGACACGCAAGAUCCAACCACAUGCACUGUCCUUUAUGGAAACAGGCAGGAAGAGGAUAUCUUGUGUCGCUCUGAUCUUGAUGCUUAUGUGGCUCUGGACAAGGAGAAAUGCAAUGUCGUGCAUACGUUGACCAAGGGAUCAGAUACUUGGACUGGUCGACGAGGUCGGAUUUCCGAACAGUCUCUUGCAGAGUAUGCGGCUCCGGAGGAGCAGAGUAUGGUUUUGGUUUGUGGACCUGGCGCUAUGGAGAAAUCUGCGCGCGCAAUACUGCUGGCUCAAGGUUGGAAUGAGUCGGAUCUUCACUUCUUCUAG